UUAUUAUUUUGUCUUAGCAUAGAAAUGUGUAAUAUUUCAGUUUGUCUUUAUUUGUUUUUAGGCAAGUUAAACAACAGUUGAAUCAGAUAAGACCAUAAAGACUACUGCAAUGAACCAAACAGACUGUCCUGAGGUGAAGGUCCCAUUUCCUGUCUUCUUCACCGUCGGAAUCAUCAGCCUGGCUGAGAACCUCCUGGUUGUGGUGGCUGUCAUACGCAGCAGAAACCUCCACUCGCCCAUGUAUUGCUUCAUGUGCAGCUUGGCUGCCUUCAACACCAUUGCCAGCGUAACAAAAACCUGGGAAAACUUGAUGAUAGCUCUUGCUGAUGCAGGACACCUGCAGAAGAGGGGUCCUCCUGAGACUGACCUAGAUGAUGUGAUGGACUCCUUACUCUGCAUGUCCUUCGUGGGCUCCAUAUCCAGUUUCCUGGCAAUCGCAGUUGACCGUUACAUAACCAUCUUCCAUGCACUACGAUACCACAACAUCAUGACAAUGAAGCGAACUGGUGCUAUCCUGGGGCUCAUCUGGACAUUAUGUGCAGUGCUGGCUGUGCUAAUGGUGAAAUUCUCCGACUUCAAGUUCAUCAUGAUCUGCUUCAUUGUCUUCUUCAUCAUCUCCCUGGCAACUAUCUGCUUCCUCUAUGUCUACAUGUUCAUGAUGGCCCGCAUUCAUGCCAAGAACAUUGCGGCGCUACCUGGUGGUGGCAGGGAUAAUUCUCAGCAUCACAGGAGGUGGGGCAGCAACAUGAGAGGGGCUCUUACUCUCACCAUUCUGUUCGGGGCAUUUGUCGUGUGUUGGGCACCGUUUUUUGUUCACCUGAUCAUCAUCAUGGUAUGCCCUAUGAAUCCAUACUGUGAAUGCUACAGAUCCUUGUUCCAGCUGCAUGUGCUGCUGAUGAUGAGCCAUGCCCUCAUAGACCCAGCAAUCUAUGCCUUCCGCAUGGCUGAGCUUAGGCACACUUUCAGAAAGAUGUUGUUUUGUUCAGACUGUAAAUCAUGUUUGCAAAUAAAAUAAACCAAACCUUUGCUUUUAAAUGCUUUUCAUCCACAGAACACAAUUAAGCUGCACUUUUUGAACGCACGCAUAGAACUAAUGCACAACAUUAAACCUGCUCAUCCAAAAUUGCACGAAACCCCUUUGUGCUAUUUUUUUUAUUUUUAUUUUUUGUCUUUGAACCAUGAGUUCUCAAAGCUUACAUUAUUGUGGGAUUCCAGUCCAAUGUGCCACCAAGCAGCUGAAGCUAAUAAAAUGAACCCACAGCACUCCUUUUUUUACGGUUCUACUUGGACAUACAUCACAAGUGACAAAACAUUCCAAGUCAAGGAAUGGUGAGUUUACAAAUCAUGUUUUCAAACAAUUUUAGUAAAUUUUUUUGUUCUUCUGCUGGUUCUUAGAGGACUAUUUAUGAGCUGACAGAUAAACUGUGUAUUAUAAACUCUUGUCAUUGCUUUUUUUCCCAUUACC